UGGUCGGUGCGCGCGCCCUCUCUCACGCGUGCGUCGCAGUGUUUUUUCAAAGAUGGCUCCUUCAAGCGAGAUGUUGCCCAUGCUGUCCAUGCCGUCCGCUACAACCACGCGAUGUUCGCCUGCGCAGCGCAAAGCACGUAAGCGAUUUAGAAUUGAUGAAGAUUUGUGUCUUUUACGAGAGAUAACUGGCGCCGACCCCUUUGAAAACCCUGCAGCGUGGGAAGAUGUACUACGCAACGUGGUGCGCGCUGUGCAGCGCGAGCUGACCAUUCGUGCAAUCAAGGAGCGUGUGGACCUGCUCGUCGGUUAUUUUAGACAAGACACAGUCAACCUGAGAAAAUCCGGCACCGAGGAGCAAUACGGAGAACGAGGACAUCUGCUCCAAGAAGUGUCAGAUUUGAUGCGGAACGCCGGGCAUGUGCCGAGGACCGUGCCGCGAAGAGCAAGCUGUAUGGGACCACGGCGACCUGUCACGUCGAUGCCGUCGUCAACAGCUCGGCAGCGCAUGGCGCACGAGCUUAGAGACUCGGCCACGGCUUCAAUGGCCGUACUUGACACAGCCGAGGAUGAGCAGCUAAAUGAUGAGAGCUCUGCCUCGUACUUGCUGCUCUCAAUGUACAACGACUGUACAGAGCCACCAGUCACAGAAAUGGUUAGGGAGCCAAAUCCAGACAGCUGUCUUGAGCUCCUACGAAGGAGAGAAGAGAACGAGUUUAUUCUCCGCCAGAAGGAAAUAGACAUCCAGCAGAGACGCCUUGAUUAUGAUGAAAGGUGCCUGGCCCUUCAAGAACGAAAGCAGGCGGCAGAAGAAGCACGGCAAAUACUCGAUGCCCAGCGGCACGAUGAAAAUAUAAAAAUGCUUUCCAGCAUUAAAACUGCGCUCGAGGAACAGCAGAAACAAAUUGCGAGCCUUUUUAAAUAAAGUGCUUUCACUGUGUGA